AUGAAGAACCGCCCUCAGCCAGCACCGCACACGAACCGAACCCGCAUGAUGAAUGACAAGGACGCCAACAAGGACCGCCUCUUUAUACACACUGAAGACAUACUCGCUUGCAAACAAGCUCAAAUUCCCUCAUUCCCGGACCGCAACACAGACACAGCGAAAAAAACAACCGAAUUCCCCACAGCAUCCACCAGCCCCAUCUCCAGCGCCGAAGAUUGCGCAGGCCCCACUAUCGCGCGUGGAAACGUGCAGCUCCGCUCGCCACAAGAUGGAACCGCCGCCGUUGGAAUCGCAGAUGGAGACUGGCAGGGUCGGGAACGGGAAUGCAGGUUCAGACCGACAGGAGCGAGGGGCCGGUUGGUGUAA